AUGGAACCAUUGAAUCUUGAAAAGAAGAUUGUUAUCACAUUCACUGGAGCUCCUGGAAUUGGAAAGAGUCAACUGAUAAGUGUUAUGACAAGUGGAAGAUUUACUAGUCAAUAUGAACCAACUAUUCAAGAACAUUAUACUAUGAAAUUGGUAGAAGGAAAUAAUAUCUUCAAUCUUACUAUUGUAGACACAUCAGGAUCACCAGAUUAUUCUAAGCUUGCAUCAGGGGCAAUUGGAAAUAGUGAUUGUAUUGUAGUUUGUUAUUGUCCUUAUAUUCCUAAAUCAUUUGAUAGAGUGGUAGAAGUUAUUAAAGAAGUGAGGACAAUAGCAGAUGACAUACCAAUUAUCGUUGUUGCUACUAAAAUGGAUUUGAAAGAUGACAAAGUAACAAUGAACAAAAUUGGUAAACAAAAGAUUCGAAUGGUAAAAGAUUUGAAAAGUGAAUUAAAGAAAAGCAAAAUUUCAGGAUUCUUUGAAACAUCUGCAAUAAGUGGAAAUUCUUAUAAAGAAAUAUUAGAGACUGCAAUUAAAUAUACUCAAAAAUCAUCUCUUUGGAAGAAAAAACAAUAA